AUGUCGUCAAACAAUAGAGUAACCAUUUUCAGAAAUAGAGGAUAUGACCAUGGCCUGGGCAAAAGAAGACGGUUAUCCAAAGACAUCUGUAAAGAUACUGAGACCAACGUUGGCAAUGAGUCCACAUCAACACAGGGAAUUUCUGAAGAAAGAGAUGUGAUAUUGCCACAUGGUUUGCAGAAGGGUGUUGUUCAGAGAGCCAACUUUCUAGAAACCUGUGAACUGGAAAAGCACCAGGAAAUCCCCACAGUGAAAAAUAUUAAAGGAAAGGUUCCAAGAAUCCACUGUGCAAGAAAACCCUUCAGAUGUGAGGAGUGUGGGAAAUGCUUCAGUUAUUUUUCUUACUAUGUUAGACACCAGAGAAUCCACACCGGGGAGAAACCCUUUGAGUGUAAUGAGUAUGGAAAAGCCUUUAAUGACAAUUCUUCAUUAAUUCGGCACCAGAGAAUCCACACUGGAGAGAAGCCCUAUCUGGAAGAGUGUGGGAGAGCCUUUAAUGAUAAUGCAAAUCUGAUCAGGCAUCAGGGAAUCCACAGUGGGGACAGGCCUUAUCUCUGUGGAGAGUGUGGAAAUAGUUUUACAAGUAGUUCCGGGUUUUUGUUUAUACAUCAGAGAAUCCACACUGGGGAGAAACCUUAUGAGUGUAAUGAGUGUGGAAAAGCUUUUGUUGGUAAUUCACCACUACUUCGACAUCAGAAAAUCCACACUGGAGAGAAACCCUAUGAAUGUAAUGAGUGUGGCAAAAGCUUUGGAAGGACUUCUCAUCUUAGCCAACAUCAACGUAUUCACACAGGGAAAAAGCCUUAUUCUUGUAAAAUAUGUGGGCAGGCCUUCAAUUUUCAUACAAAACUACCUCGGCACCAGAGAGUCCACAGUGAGGAGGAACCCUUUGACUGUGUAGAUUGUGGAAAAGGCUUUAGUGCUCAGGAACAAAUUAAAAGGCAUCUAAGGAUCCAUAUUCAGGAGUCUUCCUGUUUAUGUGAUGCCUGUGGAAAAGUCUUCACUAGCAAAAGAAAUUUUCUUCAGCAUCAAAGAAACCAUACUGCAGAGAAACCCUAUGAGUGUGUCAAGUAUGAAAAAACUUUUAGGACUUCUUCCAAGCUAGGUCAUCAUGAGCAUGUCCACCCUGGAGAGAAACCUGUCGUCCUGGACAUCUGUCAUUUUGGCCUCCCAGAAUUUUUCACCCCCUUUUACUGGUGA